CCGCUAGGGUUUUAGUGGCGAACACUGGUUUUUCCCUUCACUGCAACUUCCUAAAUCCUCUCCUCCACCGCCACCCCGUCCGACGAAUUUCUGCCGGCGGCGACGAUGGGGCGGAAGUCGAAGAAGUUCAUCGACAAGAAGAAGGCGGCGACGUUCCAGCUGAUGUCCCGCGACUCCGCCGACGACCCCGGCUUCGGUGACGCUCCCGGCGGCGACCGCAUCUUCGUCCGCGUCGACAACAACCCCUGCUCCGUCGACACCCUGGAGGACGACGGCGGAGGCGGCGGCGGCGAUGACGAUGUGUUUGCCGACGCGCCCGGCGACUUCGACGACGGCGAGGAUGGAGCCGUGUCGGCGUCGGCGUCGGCGUCGGGGUCGGGGCUGCCGGAGCAUGUGAGGAGGGAGAUUUUGGAGCUUGGGUUUCCGGACGACGGUUAUAAUUACUUGGGGCAUUUGAGGGAGAUUAGGAAUGCGGGCGGCGGUUCCGCUUUCUAUCAGAAUCCUAAGGCUAGGCUUGAUCUUGUCCCGAAAGAUGUCAAGGCUUAUGAUGCUUCGCGCAUACAAGUCCCUAAAGUGGAAGGCAAUCCUCACAAUGAAUCGAUUUAUAGUGUUGCCGCCAAUAGUGUUAAUGUGAGAGUGCAGAAAGCCGUUGAUCCUGAAGUUAAUGCAUUACUUGAUGAUAGUGACCUCUCGCGUUUUGGAUCCGAUGUCGAGGACUUGGAAGAAGAUUUUGUUGUUCAGGCGAACCAUCCCGAAGGCGAGGACAGUAUUGUGGGGGGAAAUUCGCAAUGUCCCAGGAUGCCUGCAGCGAUGGGGAGUGUCAUCAAUGGAUUGGACACUGCUGCUGGUCGAGAGAGACAAAUUGACAAUGGCUUUCCUCAUGAAAUAAGAAGCCGGUUUGUGGAACGAAAUGACAAAUUUGAUGACGAGAAGCCACGGGAACGUCGUCCGCUAGAUGAACAAUUUGAUCUUCUUGAAUGUCAGGAGUAUGGAUCUGAGGACGACGACAAUGAUGAUGGUUAUGGUGGUUAUAUGGCUGAAGAAGACGAAUCCCUUGCUUUGAAACUCAAACAGGCGUUUGAUGACAAAGUUGUGGAUGACUUGGAAAUUGAUGACAAGUAUAGAGUUCCAGCUGAUUUAUUGAAAGACAAUGACGUGAAAAGCAAACAGCUACAGGAUUCUGCUGCUGAUUUGAUCCGUCGUUGUGUGGAAUAUGCAGACAAGUAUGAAAAUGAGAAUGACGACAAAGAAGUAGUUAUUGUAGAAGAAAGUAGUGAUGAAUCUGAGGUGUGGGACUGCGAAUCUAUUGUCUCUACAUAUUCGAAUCUUGAUAAUCACCCAGGUAAAAUUGAAGCACCGAUGGGAGCCAGAAAGAAGAAAUUGGCCAGUACAAUUUCUGUUGCUUUAGGUGCAGCCAAUCCGUUAAUAUCCCUCAAAGGAAAAGAAAAACUUCCUGUUGACUAUCUGCCACGGGGCAUGAAGUCUUCAGCGGAAAAGGUCAAGGGUGGCAGCGUGUCGAGGAAUGAGCAGCCUAGGAGGAAACAGCAUGGUCAAGAGUCAAAGGAAGAGAAGAAAGAGCGCAAGGCUGCCGUGAAGGAGGAAAGGCGGGAAGCACGCCGAAUGAAAAAGGAAACGAAGGAGCUUUACAGGUGCGAAGCGCAGCAGGCGCAAAAAGUGGCUGCCACCACUGGACCAUCUUCCAUCCCUCUCAUGUAGUCAGGUUGAAGCUUUGCAUACCCUCUUUUUGCCAAGGGAUGGAUAGUGUGGCUAUUGGAAUCGACAUGCUGCAAAGCUUAGAAUACUAAGUUUUUACUUAAUUUAUACAUUGGAACAUUGUGGUGUACAUGGUGGUUGUGGUGUAUUAUGCAUCCUGAACGUGGAUGAGUUUUGGUUACACUCGAAUGGAAAAUUAUCAGCUGAGAAAAGGUCACUAAACGGGAGACCAA